CCGGCCUGGAGUAUAUAAAAUUUAAAUCUUCUCUCACAAGUGUAUGGUAGAGCUAAAGAAGACAAACAAGCAAGGGUCAUCUGAAAUUGUAAUUGGCUCACUAAUAAUCCCAGGACUAAGUUGGAAAGAAGUACUCAAGCAUAAGACGACUACAAAGAUGUUUGAUAUAAAGGCUUGGGCUGAGUAUGUUGUGGAAUGGGCUGCAACGGACCCAUAUGGUUUCCUUACAACAGUUAUCCUGGCCCUUACUCCAUUGUUUCUAGCAAGUGCAGUACUGUCCUGGAAAUUGGCCAAGAUGAUUGAGGCCAGGGAAAAGGAGCAAAAGAAGAAACAAAAACGUCAAGAAAAUAUUGCAAAAGCUAAACGACUAAAAAAGGAUUGAAGGAAUGAAUGAACAGGCUAUAUAACUGGAGGAACAUCAUUUGGAAAAUUAUUCAGUGUUGAAAGGACCCACUAAGGUUUCUUUUCUGGUUUUUAUGUCAGUAAUUUGUUGUAAACAAAGUCGGAGCACCUGUAAGAAUCAUGUUAGUUGUGACCUCUACUGCAGCAACUUUUAGGUUUUGAUGUAGAAGUCUAUUGACAGUUAACUGUAAAUUGGCUUUUUAUUAUGCUAUAAAUUCUUUAUAAUUGACUUAGUCAUUUGCCAUUUUGCAGAUUGUGUUCUGAAAUGAAAACAUCCUGUGGAGAAAAAUGACUGUCCAUUAUGAACUCUAUUAUUCAAAUAAUGGCUUAGAAUGGGGUCCUGUUCUAGACAAAGGGAAUUGAGAAUGUAAAAAUCAUGAGAAUGUAAAAAUCAAAACUGUCCAAUGGUGAAAAGUGUGCUUUGGCUUAAAGAGGCAUAUAGUAUAUUAUUUACAUCUUCUAUCAUUAUUGCUUAUUUCUUGGAAUAGAAUCAUUUCUGGCUUUCUCAAAGCCACAUAUUAACCAAUGACUGCGUUCUGCAUUUUUCUCAUUUUAGUCUUUGAGAUAAUUAUCAGACAUUCUAUAUUUUUUACAAUCUCAUUUUAUAAAGAAUUCUCUUACUGGCUAUGUAGAAUACCACCUACCAGAUAGAACAGUUUUUGUACUUAUGAACCUGCCAUUUUCUUAGAGAUGUCUUGAGUAGAGUAACACUAUGAUUUAAAGCUUGCAGUAAAAAUGCCAAACCUUGUGGUACCUUGGAACCAGUUUAUUCUUUAUUGUGCUAUGUUGAAAUGUAAAGUAGUUAAAAUGUCUUAUCACAUAAUUUGCUCAUUACAUAGAUGCCACUUUUGUGUUUUUAUUCAUUUCUUCAUUUUAUCUAGUAGUGAUGUUCUAUACUUUCUGAUCAAACAGGUUCAUGGUGAAAAUUAAAAUUUCAGACUUCUCUUAAGGAAUUCUUAAAAAGUAAUAGUUAAGUACUAUUUCAUAAGUGGUAAAGGUUUAACAUUUGGAAAAAUUUUGUUCAUCAUACUAGUAAUUGGGUGAAAAAGAAAUUAUGUCAAAAUAAGAAUGUGUUAAAAUUAGAAAUAAAGAGCUAAAGGAUAUUUCCUUCAGCUAAGUAGUAUAACUGGAAUUUUUUUACUGUUAAACAUGGCUUUUAUAAAUGCAUAGUCUAGUAAUUUUAUUCACUGUCAGUACAUAAUAGCUUAUUAA